AUGCUCGCCGCUGUUCAAUCCUCGGGCGUCGCCCUUGGUCGCAUUCUGCCCUUGGCCGUGACGCUGGUCGUCAUCCUGGGCAUUGUCAUCAAUCAGCUCAACCUCAGCGACGACCCUUAUCGGUGCAACGCCCUGCUUCACGAGGGAAGCUGGCUGAAUGCGCCCGAUAACAAUGGCAGCCGGGCGCCUUUCACCAACUGGCAGCCCAAGGGCUGCAUGCUGCACAAGUACAAGAAGGAGGAGAUUGCCGACUGCAUGGAGGGACGACACAUGCUCUUCUUUGGCGAUUCGACCACGCGACAGAUCUUUUAUGGAAUGGCCAGGUUGCUCGACGCCGACAAAGCCAACGAUGCGCGAAAGAACAGCAACAAGCAUGGCAUCCACGACAUGGACUUUGGCGGAGUCCGUCUGGUCCAGGUCUGGGAUCCCCUCAUGAAGCCCGGCAACGCCACCGACAUGAUUGAGGACCAGCUCGCCCUGUACCGCCAGGAGAGGCUCAACCCAUUGCCCGUCAAGAAGCAAAAGGCACCGGCCUUCAUCUUUAUGGGCGUCGGAAUCUGGUUCGCCGCCCGAUUCGAGGAGGGUGUCUCGCUCGAAAAGUUCAAGACAACCUUCCAGAACGUCUCAGCCAUUGUUCAGAACAAGGACUUUGCUCCCUUCGGCUCUCGACCCAUGGACCCCCGCGAUGGCAUCGGUUCCGAGAUGUUCCUCGCUCCCGUUGCGCCGCCCUUUUACGACGAGAUGCCCGAUUACCGCAAGACUGGCAUUGCCUCGAACCCCGGCGAGAUCGAAGCCAUCGACGAAUACCUCGAGACGAUGGAAGAAACAUCUGGCAUCCCCAUGCUCUGGUCGUACCCUGCCCUCUCGCAAGACCAGAUGGGUGUCAUGCAGGACCUCGAGAACGGCUUCCACGUUAUUGACUCCGUCUCCGAGAUCAAGGCUCAGAUCCUCCUGAACCUGCGAUGCAAUGCCAAGAUUGAUGCUAAGAAGGGAUACCCCUACGACCGCACUUGCUGCACCGACUACGGCCCCAAGUCUUGGAUCCAGAUCGUCAUUGUUGCCCUCGGUAUUCUUUACGUCGGCGCUGCUGCUCUGUUUGAGAUCCUCGCCCUCAUGUCCAAGCAGGUGCCCAAGCUGUCCAUCUUCAAUGCCGACGUUGCCACCUUUGUUACCGGCCUCCUCGCCUGCUACUGGGCUGAUCGCACCCAGUCUUUCGCCAAGGGCUCCAAGGAGUAUGUCACCUUUGAGUUCAAUCUGCUUACCGCCCUGUGCUUCAUCGCUGGCUUUGCCUUCCUUGCCAAGUCUAAGCCUCCGCCUGCCAGGCCCGGAUCCCAGACUCCUGCUCCGGCGACUCUUGAUGACAUGAAGCCUCUGUCCCGCGACCAGACCGACGAGUGGAAGGGCUGGAUGCAGGCUAUUAUCCUGGUCUACCACUGGACUGGUGCUUCUCGCGACCUCAACAUCUAUGUUGGAGUUCGUCUUCUUGUUGCGGCUUAUCUCUUCCAGACUGGUUACGGACAUGCCGUCUUCUUCAGCACCAAGAAGGACUUUUCUUUCAAGCGUGUUGCCGCCGUGCUUCUGCGACUGAACCUCCUCAGCUGCGCUCUUCCGUUCAUCAUGAACACCGACUACAUGUUCUAUUACUUUGCGCCCCUUGUUAGCUUCUGGUUCGUCAUCAUCUAUGCCCUGUUCGCCAUCGGCAAGAAGUACAACGACAACACAUACGCCCUGGUCGUCAAGAUUAUCAUCUCCGCCGCCAUCUGCCCCGGAGUGAUGCUCUGGACGCCUGUUCUCGAAUGGGUUUUUGCCAUUCUGAGCCUCGUCUUCCGAAUCAACUGGGAUCUUCACGAGUGGCAGUUCCGCCUGGGCCUGGAUGGCAUCAUCGUCUACGUCGGAAUCCUCAUGGGCAUUGCCUCCGUCCGAACCAAGGCCUACAACCUGAUCCUCACCAAGUCGUAUGGCAUUGCUGGAAUCGCUGGUAUUCUCUCCAUGCCCGUGUACUGGUGGGUCGCCGUGAGCCACGCCGAGAAGAAGCAGGACUACACCAAGCUGCACCCCAUCUUCUCUUUUAUCCCCAUCAUGGGUUUCAUCGCCGCCCGCAACAUUUCUCCCGUUGCCCGAACGUGGUACUCUCGAUCCUUCGGCUGGCUCGGCAAGUGCUCCCUCGAGACGUUUACCCUUCAGUUCCAUAUCCUCCUGGCCGCCGACACCAAGGGCGUUCUCCUUCUCGACAUCUUCCACGGCGAUGGUGGCCUUCUCAGCGACCGAUGGAGAGCUCUUGUUGUCAUUGUUCCCAUCUUCCUGUGGAUCAGCUCCCGCGUCGCGGAUGCCACGGGCGGCAUGGUCAAGCUUCUGACUGCUCAAUGGACUACCGAGACGCAAGACGAUGAGCAGUUCGACCUGGAGAACAAGGCUGAUGCCGAGCCUCUCAUGAGCAGCUCGCUGUUCUCUAGCCUGGCGCCGCUUACCCGGCACAUGCCUUCCAAGUCUUCUUGGGCCAACAACCUCAAGGUUCGCAUGGUUGGCCUUCUUGUCCUCCUUUGGGCAUUGAACCUGUUUUAUUAA